AUGUUCAAUCACCAUGGCCUCAGCAAGGCGCAGGCUCUAAGGGCGGCUAAAGGGGCCCUGGCAGCCGCGCCGGAGAGGCGCGUAAUCGUCUGCCUGAAAUGCAGCUUCACAAUGACUGACAGAGAAGCGUUUCGGGUGCACGUGACGACGAAGCAUGAGAAAAGCCCACCCGCGACGGUGACUGUGAUUCACGAGGCUCUCGCCGCACCGCGCGCGAGAACCCCGGUGUCUUCUCCACCGCCCUGGCCGCCGCUACGAGAGCGCGUCAACCAGCGCGCCCUCGACCUUCGUCGUCCGGCUCGUGACAAGCGUUACAGAAUGCAGGACCGCCUUGACUGUCACAAAUGCCCACUGCUGCCGUCAACGCACCCUGAAGGGUCCUGCGAUGGCUGA